AAAUAGCUUUUGCCGUUUUAACCAAUCAAACAAAAACCUUGAAUUGUUUUUCACUCGACGUCAAGGAUACCUACUUAAUCGAAGGCAUCCCACAAACAUAACUCAAUUCCUAACAAACCUUCGAACUGUUUAUGUUAUUAUUAAAAACAAACGUUUAAAAUGUUUUGGAUAAUUACGAUUUUAGUGUUCGUUUUGUCGCUUGCUUUUUAUAAAAUAAGGAGGAUAUAUCAACAUUUUGAAGAAAAAGGCGUAGACUACAUUAAACCAAACUUUUUGUUUGGAAAUGUGAUGAGUUGUGAUUUAAAAAAAGAAUCAUUUUAUACGCUAAUGCAAAAAUUUUACGAAGCUUUUCCAACUAAACGUUAUAUGGGAUUUUAUAAUUAUCUUACACCAGUUUUAAUAAUUCGCGACCCUGAAUUAAUAAAGUCAAUUUUUGUAAAAGAUUUUGAUCAUUUUCCUGCGCACAUUCCGUUUGUUCCCGACGGCGCAGACCCUUUAUGGAGCAAAAAUUUGUUUUUAUUAAAAGGAGCCGAAUGGAGGCACAUGAGAUCGACAUUAAGCCCAUCGUUCACCGCCAACAAAAUGCGAAUACUUUUUUCAGCUAUCGUUGAAACUGUCGAUAUUUACACCGAUUAUUUUUUGAAAAAUAAUAUUACAAAAAUUGGAAUAAAAGAUACUUGCACAAGAUUUACAAAUGAUACAAUAGCUACUGUCGCUUACGGUAUUAAAACUGAUUCGAUUAAUAACAAAUCAAACGAUUUUUAUGAAAUGUCCAAGAAAUUUUCAUCAGUCGGACUUCGAGAAAAAAUUAUACUUUUUCUAUAUUCAAUUUUACCAGGGUUAACAACAACACUUGGAGUUUCUUUAAAUACUGCAGAAGUUCGAGAAUUCUUCACAUCAAUCAUUUUGGAAACGAUUCGAGUUCGUGAAGAAAAAGGAAUAUAUCGACCCGAUAUGAUUUCUUUAUUAAUCGAAGAAAAGAAAAAAAUGCAAGCCGCUGGAAACGACUUAAGUUUAACUAAUGAAGAAAUCGUUUGUCAGGCGUUUGUAUUUUUAUUCGCCGGAUUUGACACCGUCUCAUCAGCUUUAUCAUUUUGUCUGUAUGAAAUAGCGCGAAAUCCAGAUGUUCAAGCGAAAUUACACGAUGAAAUCGACGAGACUUUACAAGAAAACGGGGGCAAAAUUACUUACGAAGGUCUAAUGAAAAUGAAAUACAUCGAACAAGUCGUUACAGAGAGUUUAAGAUUAUGGCCACCUGCACUAGCAAGCGAUCGAGUUUGUGCUAAAACUUAUGUGAUCGAGCCAAUAAAUCCAUCAGAAAAACGGAUUGUAUUAAAUCCGGGUGAUAUAGUUCAAGCCUCAGCACCCGGUAUCCAGAGAGACCCAAAAUAUUAUUCGAACCCGUACGUUUUUGAUCCAGAACGUUUCAGCGACGAAAAUAAGGACCAUUUACAUCCAUACACUUUCAUUCCGUUUGGAGUGGGACCAAGGAGUUGCAUAGGAAUGAGGCUUGCUAUGAUGGAAAUUAAAACGUUCAUAUUUCAAUUGUUGGUGAAGUACAGAUUGGUCACAAUGAACGACGAACCGAUUAAAUUGAGUACUGAUAGUUUAGAUUUAAGAAUCGAUGGCGAUUAUUAUGUUGAGAUAAAACCUAGAAAAUAAGACAAAAAAUAAUUUUUAUAAUAUUAAACUUUCAGUGUAUUAAGGUUUUAAUAAAGAUUUUUGCAUAACUAA